AUGUGUUGCACAAGCGGUGUGUGUGUGUUUCCUUCAAACAUGUUUGGUAAUGUGUCAACGUUACAGUCCAGCGGUGAAUGACAGCGGAGUUUAUUCGGAGGUGAGUUCCCCCCUGCUGCCCCAGCCUCAGGUGAUGUCUGGCUGACUGCAGGUCCCAGCCAUGCUGCUCCCGUUGGCCUCGGCGGUGUUAACACGAUGCGUCCGAACGCUGCACUACGAGCACUUCCUGCGACGUAGGCUCCCCCCGCGCCUGCACUUGCACAGCCGGGGCACCAAGAGCCGGGGCCGGGGGUUCAAGAGCCAGGAGGAGGAGUGGAAAACCCGGAACAAGACGGUGCUGACCUACAUCGCGGCCGCCGGCGUGGGGAUGAUCGGCCUGUCGUACGCUGCCGUGCCGCUCUACAGGCUCUACUGCCAGGCGUCGGGGCUCGGCGGCACGGCAGUAGCCGGACACGAUGCCGAUCAGGUGGAGACGAUGAAGCCGGUGAAGGAGCGCGUUCUCAAGAUCAGCUUCAACGCAGACACGCACGCCAGCAUGCAGUGGAACUUCAGGCCACAGCAGACGGAGAUCUUUGUGGUUCCCGGCGAGACGGCUCUGGCGUUCUACCGAGCCAAGAACCCGACAGACCAGCCCAUCAUCGGCAUCUCCACCUACAACGUGGUGCCCUUCGAGGCCGGCCAGUACUUCAACAAGAUCCAGUGUUUCUGCUUCGAGGAGCAGCGUCUGAACCCCCACGAGGAGGUGGACAUGCCCGUCUUCUUCUACAUCGACCCCGAGUUCGACGAGGACCCGCGCAUGGCGCGCGUGGACACCAUCAUCCUGUCCUACACCUUCUUCGAAGCCAAGGAGGGCCAGAAACUCCCUCUGCCCGGAUACUAGACACACACACACACACACACACACAGAGACACACACACACACAGAGACACACACACACACACACAGACA